AUGUUCUUGAAAAACUACGUCGAGGCCAUAUUAAAAAACGAACAAGUUCCUGUACAACUUCCACGUAGGUUCAUCUAUACAACGACCACCUUGCUGCCCACGUGUGAUCUAUUUCCCACGAAGAUGAGCAGCAGCUUUACACGACUACGUAUCUAUGCUGUGACACUUGAGUACAGGAAUUAUGCUUUGGCACCACUUGUACAACAUCUACAUGCAGCAUACUUGUCGAGGCACGGCAUGCAAGAUGAAUCGAUGGAAACAACAAGAACUUCCAAGAAAAUGAGGCUCGCGGCCUGCAGGGGUGGCUGCGUUUACUUAGGAGGAUGAAAACUACAGAACAAGCGAAA